CUUCCUCUUUUGGACUCCAGAAUUUGGCUGUUUUCUGGGUGAAGAGAAGCUGCGUCCUGUUGGAGUCAGCUUGCUGCAGAGGUGAUGGGAAUCCCUUCGUUCCUACCUGUCCUUGACACCAAGAGUCACCGAGCUGACUGCAAGCCCUCGCAGACUUUGGGCCAUAUGCUGCUGUGGAUAGCUGUGUUAUUCCUGGCUCCUGUUGCCGGGACCUCUGCCUCCUCUGCUCGCCUCUCAGAAGACCUCCCGAAGGCCGUAGUGAGACGCGAACCCCCGUGGAUCCAGGUGCUCCGGGAAGACCGCGUGACUCUGACCUGCGAGGGUGCCCGCAGCCCUGGGAACCACUCCACCCAGUGGCUCCACAAUGGGAACCCUAUCCCCGACCAGGUCCAGCCCAGCUACAGGUUCACAGCCAAGAGCAACGACAGCGGAGAUUACAGGUGCCAGGCGGGAGGGACCAGCCUGAGCGACCCUGUGCAUCUGGACGUGAUUUCUGACUGGCUGCUGCUCCAGACCCCUCAGCUGGUUUUCCAGGAGGGGGACGUCAUCGUGCUGCGGUGCCACAGCUGGAAUAACAAGCCUUUGGCAAAGGUCACAUUCUACCAGAAUGGAAUAGCCAAGAAAUUUUUCUCUCUCAGUAGAAAUUUCUCCAUCCCACAAGCAAACCACAGUAACAGUGGUGAUUACCACUGCACAGGACAUAUAGGAAGGACGUCUCACUCAUCACAGCCUGUGACCAUCACUGUCCAAGCUUCCCCAGAGCCCAAGUCAAGCAACUCAGCAGUGGUGAUAAUUGUGGCUGCGGUCAUUGGGAUUGCUACAGUGGCCGUUGUUGUUGCUGUAGCAGCCAUGACCUACCUCAAGAAAAAACGGACUCCAGCUCUCCCAGGAAACCCUGAGCACAGGGAAAUGGGAGAAACCCUACCCGAGGAACUAGGUGAGUACAGCGUUCCCUCUGGGGGCUCAGUGAUGACUUGUCCAGGGCUGCCAGAUGGAUCGGAGCCAGCAAGAAGUGACUUGUUCAAUCUCUCUGAUCCUGAGGAAGCUGUUAAAUCUGAGGCUGAGAAUACAAUCACCUAUUCACUUCUCAAGCACCCGGAAACUCAAGAGGAUGAAACAGACCACGAUUAUCAGAACCACAUUUAACCUCCAUUAUCUGGCCCUGGGAUUUGCGGGGAGAAAAAUCAGAGAAGUGAGGAUCUCCUAUCUCCUGGCCUAAGGUCCUCUUGGAGAGGUUGAGAGGAUGCUGCAGUUCCAAAGAGGGAGCUGGAUUCUUCCAGAGUUCUGUAUGUGAGUUCUGAAGUUCUUUGGCCUGACACCAACAGGAAAUAUGGCCCCUGAUGGCUAACUGAUUCUGUGCCUCAGCACUUCCCAAAAUUAAGACUCUAUUACACAGCCUCCCAGCUAAUGUAAUUAAUAAAAUUAAUAUUGCUAAGAUUUUAACAACGUGAGACAUGCUUAUAUUAUGGGUAACAUUAAAAAAUUACAUAAGUAUAUAUGAUUUCAGAAAUGAUAAAAUCAACUAACAUAUACCAACAUAUUAAAAAUGAUUGUUUCAGGGUGAUGGAAUUAUCAGUGAUUUUUAUUCUCUUUGUUAUUUUCCUAUAAAGAUCAUGCACUGUAUUUAUAAUAAAAUAUUAUGAAAGCAA